AGGAGCGAAGGAAGAAUGAGCAGCCAGAACGAAAUGAAGAUAAUUCUAGUUCAUGGCGCCGGCCAUGGUGCCUGGUGUUGGUAUAAGGUGGUGGCCAUGCUGAGGUCUCAGGGAUACUCAGUCACAGCCGUUGAUCUUGCAGCCUGCGGCUCUGAUCCACGAAGAAUUCCUGAAGACGUAUCUAACUUUGAUGAGUAUAGCCAGCCUCUGAUGGAUUUGAUGGCUUCGGUGGGUGAAGGAGAAAAGGUAGUAUUAGUUGGGCAUAGCUUUGGUGGAUUUAGCUUAGCUGCAGCAAUGGAUGCCUUUCCUGAUAAGAUUGCAGUUGCUGUUUUUGUCGCUGCAUUCUUGCCAGAUACUGUUCAUUCACCUACUUAUAUCCUUGAACAGCAUUUUGAGCAAUUACCAGAUAAAUACAAUGAUGUUGAAGUGAAGGCCGCUGUAGUUCCUGGAAAAUCUGAGCCAUUUAUUAUUUCAAGGCCACAUUCUAAAGUUCUGGCCACCACAUUUUACCAAAAUUGCUCCUUUGAGGAUUUGACUUUGGGGAAUAUAAUGGUGAGGCCUGAACUAGAUUUUCAGGAAGAUUUGAGGAAUAGAGCUGCAUUCUCCAAGGAGAGAUAUGGAUCAGUCGAUAAGGUCAUAAUUGUAUGUGGAGAAGAUGCUAUAUUGACCGUAGAUUUUCAGCACUGGAUGAUAAAGAACAACACAGUGAAGGAGGUGAUGGAGAUCAAAGAAGCUGAUCACAUGGCUAUGCUUUCAAAGCCUAAAGAGUUGUGCCAAUGCCUUACAAAGAUUAUUAAAAAUUAUGCUAAGUGAUUACGUAUUAAUGUCUCUCUGAGUUUUUAGCUGUUUUUUGAAGAAAUCAUUUGAGAGUUUGUCAUGUUGUAUCAUUACUCUUUCAUCAUUUUAUCAAAUUGUCAAAGUCAAAGUCAAAAGCAACCAUAGCUGACUAC